AUGAGCCACAUCAAGAGGCAACAACGGCGCUGGGUGUCGCUGUUAGGCUCCGUGAUUAUUGCGUUAUCAGCAGGCAGCACCUAUGUAUUCAGUUCAUACGCGCCCCAACUUCAAGAGGCAUUGCAUCUGUCGAGCACGCAGCUCAAUAUCCUUGGUCUCGCAGGCAACUUGGGCAUGUACAUGUCCGGGCCAGUAUGGGGACGAUGGAUUGACCAAGCUGGUCCCUAUGGUGCUGUGAUCAGUGGUGCGUUUCUGGUGUUAACAGGCUAUGGUAUGCUGUCCCGAGCGCACAAGUAUGCGUGGACUGAUAUGCCUGUGCUGAUGCUCUCUUUCUUUUGUCUGUGCACGGGUCUGGGUAAUUCAGCAGGCAACAAUGCAGCCAUCAAUGUGCAGGCCAAGAGUUGGGGAGAAGACCACCGUGGAUCAGCUAUGGCACUUGUACUCUCAGCGUUUGGGCUUAGUGCCUUUGUGUACUCGACACUGUCACACACGUUCUUCACCGGCAAUGUUACAGGAUAUUUGGACAUGCUUGCACUCGGCAGUUUCUCCUGCUUUAUUGUCGGCAUGAUGCUGAUCAAGAUUGUGCCGCCCAGUGAGGGUGAGCAGGCGCAACAGACUGCGUCGUCGUCACAAUAUGAGCGUGUGCCAGAUCGGGAAGACCCAGAAAGAGAUGCAAUGCCGGGUCGCAAGCCUCUACGCCGCAUGCGCUCGUCUUCGGAGACGAGUGCGCGUGUUAUAGCAUGGAUCCGCGAUGUCCACGAGUCCGAGUAUGGGCACGCGGAUGACGACCAAGUCAUAGACGAGCGAGAUCCCGGCACAACUGACAUUACAGGGCUGCAACUUGUGCGCAAUGUGGACUUUCUCCUUCUGUUUACCAUUCUAGGCUUUCUCAGUGGCUCAGGCCUUUUGCUCAUCAACAAUGUCGGCACCAUAACUCGCGCACUUUGGGACCAUGCCGAGCGUGAGAACAGGCUGGUAGUGGGGAAGACCACUACAGACAUGGCUUGA